UGGGCACUUGUUGAGUGCAGCGCGCACACAGGAAACCACGCAGUUAUAAUCUCAUUUUGCAAAGGAUCUGACUGUCUUCAGUGAGGAGCAUCUUAUUUUAUGAAACGGAUAUAUUUGCGUUCAACAGGCUUCUUUUAUUUUUCCUCUAGUCUUUUUUUCCAGGAACGCCCAGUCAGGCUGAACUAUUGAUCUGGGCUGAAAACCUACAGAGCGCACAUCACAAGUGGUUAUCAUGUCUGGUGAAGAAGCUCCAACUCAGCAACAACAGCCGGAGCAGGAGAAGAAGCCGGAUGAGCCUCCACCGGCUGCUUCGGAUGCUCCGCAGGAGCCCGGGAGCAGCCCUGCAGCAGCCGAGGAGAAGCCCCUCUCCUGCCGCGCUUUGGUCCUGACGGGGUACGGGGGCUACGACAAAGUCAGGCUGCAGGUGAAGACGCAGAGCCAGCCGCAGCUGAAGGCAGGAGAGGUCCUGGUGCGCGUCAAGGCGUGCGGGCUCAACUUCGCCGAGCUGCUGGGCAGACAGGGGCUGUACGAGAUGCUGCCAGCCCCGCCGGUCACGAUGGGAAUGGAGGGCUCCGGUGUCAUCGAGGCAGUCGGGGAGGAUGUGAAGGACAGGAAAGUGGGAGACCGUGUCAUCACAUUGAGUCGCAGCGGCAUGUGGCAGGAAGUGGUCGUUGUGUCCGCUGACCACACCUUCCCCAUGCCUGAGCAGAUGAGCUUUGAGGAAGGCGCCGCUCUUCCUGUUAACUACAUCACUGCCUACAUGAUGCUGUUUGAGAUGGCCAACGUGAGGCCAGGAAAGAGCAUUCUUAUACACAUGGCCGCAGGUGGUGUGGGUAUUGCCGCUACCCAGCUGUGUAAGACGGUGCAGGAUGUGACUGUGUUUGGUACAGCGUCAGCCUCCAAGCAUGAGACCAUUGCUCAAGGCGGGGUAACUCACCCCAUUGACUACCGCACCAAAGACUACGUGGAGGAAAUCCGCAAAAUCAACCCAAAGGGUGUGGACAUCGUCCUCGACCCACUUGGUGGCUCAGACACCCAGAAAGGCUUUAGUUUGUUGAAACCAUUGGGAACGCUUAUAGUCUUUGGUGCAGCCAAUUGUGUGACGGGCCAGAAGAAGAACCUGUUGGCCAUGGCAAAGACCUGGUACAACCAGCUCUCUCUUAACACCCUGAAACUGAUGCAGGCCAACAAGGCCGUCUGUGGCUUCCACCUGGGCUACAUAACUGACGAGGAGCUAAUCAGCAGGUGUAUGUUCAAGCUGCUGGAGCUCUACAGGCAGGGAAAGAUCAAGCCCCGCAUCGACUCAUGCUAUCACUUUGAGGAGGUAACUGAUGCCAUGAGGCGCAUGCACGAGCGCCAAAAUAUCGGGAAAGUCAUCCUUCUUCCUGAACCCAAGAAGCAGGAAGAGAAGCCAAAGUCCAACGCUGAGCCGGGAGAGAAUGUGGAAAAAAGUGAAGUCAGUGAGAAGAAAGAGGAGGCCACAGAGGAAGUUAAAGCAGAGAAGGAUUGAGUAAGAGUGUUUAUUUAAAUAGUAUUUUUAAACACUUCCUCAACGAGUUUCCAUAUUGUUUGAUUGUCAAAAAAAAGAGAAAGGAAAUUAGAAGAAAAAACAAGAUGCCAUGAAUUCUUUGUCAGUAUUUUGAAAUGUUUCUAAAGUUUUGUUGUGCAAUAUGUCUAUGGUGUGGUGUCUAUGUUGGCAACACAAGUUCACUGUAUUCUCAUACAUUACCAAAGGAAUAAUGUAUUGUGAUUACAGAUGAUAACAACUCAACAACAGCUCUAACAUUAUAUGAUACCUGUAAUAACAACAAACCAGGGCCAGUGUGUAUAAAACUUUUAAGAAAUGGUCCCAAGAGUGGUCUUAUACUUCUUAUUGGUGCACAGCUUUAUGCUCAGCUUGUUAUGAUUAAGACUCAUCAUGCAUUGUAGCUAACAUGAUAUAUGCUUUAUUAUAUUGCAGAAUGCAAGGGAAAGGCAUAAAAGAGCUUUGUGUGUGAUUCAGUUAUCUGCUUAAUCAACAAAUAAGGAAUGUAAAAAUGGAGCUCUUCCAUAAAAUGUUUACUGGCAAGUUCAUAAACUUCUAUAACAUUGAAAUCUACAAUAAUAUGAAAUUUUGAUUGUCUUCUUGCUGAAUCCAUGAACGUUUUCUUCUUCUUCUCUAGUAUUCUUUGGAAUAAAAGCAAAAUUACUUAAUUCACAGAACUGUGACACAUGUAAGAUCAAACAUAUUCUCUGACUGGCCUUAUACAUACUGGCUCUGGUUCUGUCGUCAUCAAACGUGUCAGAAAAAGACGAGUCUGUAUAUAAACGUUAAAUACAUUUCCAGAUCUUGGUCUGGUGGUCGUUUUUUUUUUCUCCUGUUUUUCUUCCAUCAGUAUCAUACUUAAAAUCUGGCCAAGUAAUUUGAAUGUAGUCAGAAUGCAUGACUUAAGCUUUGGCCAUUUCUUGCGACCUGUUACAGAUUAUUAAUUUAAUGUAAGUAACUAGUAACUGUAAUAGAUCAAAUUCUGUAAUUUACCCACCCAAAUGUGUUUUAUCAGUGUAAAAGUAAUUAGAAAUAGCAGCAGUUAACCUUAGUCUAGUUUAACAGAUUGAGAUGCAUUAAUGAAAUGUCUGUAACGAUGUGGGUGAAAGUGUCUUUUCGCAUGCUCUCUUCUUUGAUGAGUGUUGUUAGACAAUAGUCUCUUUUGGCUGUGAGGAAUGGCCUGGUCAGUAUCUUACUGCACUUUUCUCAUUUAUUUGUGCCAAAUUUAAGCCUUUCACCACCGCCAUCAAGUCAACUGUGAAUAACAUUUAGCGGGACUCCCCCGCCUUGGCAAUCACUAGUGUGUUUCCUUCCAAACAAUGUCAGACUGAACUUGAGCUAAAACUGUUUGUGAAAGCAGGUUUUCUUCCCUCGAGUUUGCCCUGUGGAUUCGCUGCUUUCCUAAUUCUUUUCUUGCCUCCUGAAAAUCAAAGUGAACAGUGCUAGGUUUAUAGAACCGCAGUACAAGAUGUGGUGCUUAGCGAUUCCUCCACAGGGGAGUAGGUUAAAGAGUUGAAAAGAAAAAGUGGGAUCAUGCUUUGCUUUCAUCUCCAACUUGUCCUAAUCAUGCCUCUAUUGUUGUGCACUUUCUUUUUCUGUGCUCAGCCAAUAUUCAUUUUUGAAGCUCUCACAGCAUAUAGUGAAGGAUUAUUAAGCUUCAGUUUUAGAUAGCGUAUAAUAGUGGAGUUCGAGCUCAGUAAUUCAAAUGUUUUGUCCAGCUGUGGGUGUAAUUCAAUGCGGUGACGCAGAAGACGCUCCCGAAGCACAAGAAAGAGUUUCCCCUCCAUCCACACUAGACCAGCUCCUCACAUUCCUCUCUCCACCCUCUGUCCUGCUUUCUGUCUCUCUCUGAUCCCUCCUUCUCUCUCCAGCACACUCUGUUUUGAUUUCUAAACAAUACUUGUAACAAAGUUUCAUAUGUCAUGCUUUAUUUACAUUUGUGACAUUUUUGUUUUUCUUUUGGACACUUUGACAAGUAUUGUUAAGUUUGGCCAGGUUUCCCUCUCACAGUAUGAAGUAAGACCUGAUGUGGAAUUUGAGUGGGAACUGGAGUCUGCUAAUUCCUCUCUGCAAAUAUUUAUAUAAUAAUUAUAUCAAAGACCUGCUAUUGCAUUCAAAUGUAAACAGUCAGGGAAUAUAGCAGCUACAUUUAAAAGCUACACUAAAAUGUGAGACAAGUGUUUCCCAUAACAUCUGACAUCAAUAUGCUGUAACUGAUGUAUAUGAAUGAGUAUUCACUCAUGCAGCGAGGGACAUCUAGUGGUCCAUUAAAAACUGUGCCUUGUUAAAAGUGAAACAUCAUGAAAUACGCAGGUUUCCAAGGUAAUUACAGUUGAUCCUCCACAGUCUGGACUAAUGUUUUAUUCAUCAAAAUAAGAUGUUACAUUUGUUUAAUGAAUGCCUUAAAAGUCAAAAUCCUUUGAGUCAAAAGAAAAUGUUAAAGAAGUAUUCAGACACACUUUAAUUUUUGUGAAUUAUUUUACUUUAGCUUUCUUUUUUAUUUUUUAUAACUUUUACUAAAAGUAACCAUGUUGUUACACAUGAGGUUCUGAACAGGUUUCAUGUCUCAAUAAGUGCUGAAGGAUUUGAUGUGUGAUAGAACAAUGCUGCCUUUAUUUCAUUUUUAUACACACUUCAUGCACACUUGCAUAGACUGUCUGUGUUCACAUGGCACUAACCUGCCUGUAUUAUUAAAGUGUUACUACGUAUCUUCAUCUAA